AUGGCCGGCGACAAGGUCGAGAGCACCCGUGGCAGCAGCGCCACUGCCGACGUCCGAUGGCACGCGCGGCUGGCGGCGCUGCUAGCAGCCUCGGGCAGGCACGAGAGCGCGGCCUCGCACUUCCGUCGGGCGCUGCAAGGACUGCAGCAGGAGGGCGACGCAGGUCCCGAGGAGGACGCGCAGAGGCGGCGCCAGCGCCUCCAGUGGCAGUUCGAGCUCGCGGCGGUCGAAAUUAAGCGCGGCCGCCGCCAAGACGCCAUCGGCCUGUACGAGGAGAUCCUACAGACCGAUCCUGGGUGCGUGGAGGCGCAGGUUAAUUUGGCGGCGCAGUUGGCCAUCGCAGAUGCGACGCGGCUGGAGGACGCGCUGCAGCUUUGCGAGCAGGCGCUGGCGCUGCGCCCGGACUUCGCCGAGGCGCAUUACAACCGCAAUAUGUUGCUGCGAAGACUGGGGCACCAGCAGGAAGCGAUCGCCUUGUAUUGGGGGUAUCUAGUACGCGAUCUUGGAGCGAAUGCUAUCCGCGAGACGAUGCCCGACGAGCUGGCGCGAGCCGUUCUGCCUUUCGAUGAUCGGAGUGGGGAUCGGAGAGCGGAUAAGCCGAGUGUCGUGCCUAGCGAAGACACGACGUGCAACCAAGAAAACAACGGGGAUGGAGUUACUGUUGUCUGUGUGAAGUGGGGCGUCAAGUAUGGCCCCCAGUACGUGAACAAGCUCUACAAUUCCGUUGCGCGGCACUGCGGAGGGCUGCAGAUGACAUUUGUGUGCUUGACGGAUAACUCGGAUGGCAUAGAUCUCCAUGGGAACCUGCAUAUCCUGCCGUUGGGCGGCGGCUGGAAGGGGUGGUGGAAUAAAUGCCAGCUAUUCUCCAGCGACAUGUCUGCAAAACUGCGUGAGCUGGGUCAUUCGCGGUGUCUCUUUAUGGACCUCGACACUGUAAUUGUUGGCAGCCUGGUGGAUUUACUGGCGUGGACUCCUCCGGUCGGUGUGCUUGCGUUAUUGAAGACGGACGAGAUGGCCAACGAGCAGCGCGCAGGAGGCUUCAACAGCAGCAUCAUGGCGUGGCGCAACGAUAGUGACGACGAAGUAGGGUCGCUUCAAUUCGUUUACAGUUUCCUGCACUCACACUUCACAGCAGUCACCAAGUACAUUUACAAGUUCGACCACUGGCUGGAGAUGGCACUUCCUGAGGCGAGUUUUCUUGAGGAAAAGUUUCCGGACCAGAUCGUCGAAUAUCGCAGUCUAGAUGACAGCGCAGUUACACCACCACCAGGUGCAAUCAUUGUAUGCUUUCCGCUGCUUCCAAAGCCUCAUCAGGCCACCGCAAUGUGGCUUGCACACCAUUGGGUCUAG